GGCCGGCCAGGUCCGGGCUCCUAGUCGGCCGGCGAUCCCUGACUUGGCUCGUCGGCUCCGCGGGGAGGCGGGGGCUGCAAUGGAGCGUGUCCCGCUUUCCGAUGCUCCGGCGGUCUCCCCGUUCAAAGAUGGGCUGUUCCAGGCUCCCAAGGCUCCGGUGAAAAAGCAAGCGGUAAAGCGGCACUAUCACAAGCAUAAUUUGCGGCAUCGCUACGAGUUCCUGGAGACGUUGGGCAAAGGCACCUACGGCAAAGUGAAGAAGGCGAGGGAGCGAUCCGGCAAGCUGGUUGCUAUCAAGUCUAUCCGGAAAGACAAAAUAAAGGAUGAGCAGGAUCUUCUCCAUAUCCGAAGAGAAAUUGAAAUCAUGUCCUCUCUCAAUCAUCCCCACAUCAUUGCUGUUCGUGAAGUAUUUGAAAACAGUAGCAAGAUUGUCAUUGUGAUGGAAUAUGCCAGCAAGGGAGAUCUUUAUGACUACAUUAGUGAGCGCCAGAGAUUGACGGAGCAGGAAGCCCGGCACUUCUUCAGACAAGUGGUGUCGGCAAUCUAUUAUUGUCAUAAGAAUGGAAUUGUUCAUAGAGAUCUGAAGUUAGAAAACAUUCUUCUGGAUGCAAAUGGAAACAUCAAGAUUGCAGACUUUGGCCUUUCCAAUGUCUUCCAACAAGAUAGGCUUCUUCAGACCUUCUGUGGCAGUCCACUCUAUGCAUCUCCUGAGAUAGUUAAUGGAAGGCCUUACAAAGGACCUGAGGUUGACAGCUGGUCCCUUGGUGUUCUUCUCUAUAUUUUGAUCCAUGGCACAAUGCCGUUUGAUGGCCAUGAUUACAAGACACUGGUUAAACAAAUUACAAGGGGAGAUUACAAAGAACCCACAAAACUUUCAGAUGCGUGUGGCCUGAUCCGGUGGAUGCUAAUGGUGAAUCCAGAACGCCGAGCUACCAUUGAGGACAUAGCCAGCCAUUGGUGGGUCAACUGGGGCUACAAAGUACCAGUUGGGGAACAGGAAUCCUUGCAAGAGAAUGAAUCCCCAUUGGCUACUGUUGCAGAUUGGCUUCGCCGCUCCUCCAGGCCUCUGUUUGAAAAUGGCUCCAAGAUGCGCUGCUUCUUCAAGCAACACAUCCCUGGUGUCACACUGGAGAAGCAACGUUCACUCAAGAAGUCAAAAAAGGAGAAUGAUGUGUCUCAUGCUCUGCAGGAAACAGGCAUAGCUCCAGAAAACCAAUCCAAAUCAAUCCUAAAGAGGCCUAAAGGCAUCUUGAAAAAGAGAAACUCUUGUGAGAAGUCCCAGGGUCCUUCUUCAGCUGCAGUAACUCCUCUUGAUAUGCAGAAAGAAGACAGUACUAUACCUGCAGUUGAUUUAGCUUGUGUCCUGUCCUCCAGAUCCUUGGCCUGCAAUACAGAAGAUGUUGUAGCCAUCCCCCCAAUGCCCAAGAAAGGAAUUCUGAAAAAGCCACAGAAGAGAGAGUCUGGCUAUUACUCAUCUUCAGUGUGUAGUGAAUUUGCAGACGGUUUGGACUCUGAAAACAUAGACCUCAAUGCCAGUGUCUUUGUGGACACUCCCUCCUCCACUCAGAUCUCCAGUGACAAUCAGGCCAGGCGGAAAGGUAUUUUGAAACACAAUGGCAAGUACUCCUCCAGCAGCACUGAGUCUGAUGGUGUGCCUGCCAAAGUCUUCCCAACUUUCCCUGAGGUCAUCUUGCCCAAGCUGUCCCUAGCCUCUCGCAUUUGCCCAUCCAGUGCUGUCAGUGAGGACAGCAUCCUUUCCACAGAGUCCUUUGACCAGCUUGAUUUGCCUGAUCGAAUGCCAGGAAGCGGAGGAGUCUCCAUGCGUGGCUCUGUCUCUGCGGAUGACCUCCUGCAGCUGGAGGAGGGAGAUGGAAAAACCAAGGGCUGCCGACUCCGACGCUGGACAGUGACUCAGUGCCAAAAACCCCUUGCAGACAGUUGUUUCUCUCUGGCAGACUGUGAUAAUGUCACCGAAGUCUACAAACGGGCUGUGACGAUCAGCAUGAAACUGAGCUGAUGGCCUCACUGUUAAUCAGGACCUCUGACACACCUUUGCUAACCAUGGCAAAGAUGUUUUACAGCCCAGAUUCUGGCAUCCUCCAAACAAUUUGCACUUCCCAUUCAAAUGGAUAAAGAACUUUCAGCAGCCUUUGUCUUCUCCCUGACAGGGCUGGAAGUGCAAUUGGCUGGAAAUAUAUUUAUUUUUACAUAUUCCUUAUUUCUUUUCAGAAUGUAAAGGAACAUUUACAUUCUUAACAUUGCCUGUAAAAUGGUACAACAGGGUAUGGAUGUGUGUUUGGAGAGAAAAAAAGAUAUGUUGAUAGAAGGGCAGUGGAUGUAGGAAAAGAGUAAAAACAGUGUAAUGGGCGUGGAGGACUUGGGGAGAAAUGGGAAGGCAUCUGUUAUCUGUAGAGCAGUGUUUUUCAACCAUGGCGACUUCAAGAUGUGUGGACUUCAACUCCCAGAAUUCUGGGAGUUGAAGUCCACACACCUUGAAGUUGCCAAGGUUGAGAAACAGUGCUGUAGAGUGAUGGACUAAAAGGGAUGCAUUUUUUUUCCUCCCAGCAUCAUCAACAAAGAAACAUUGAAUUGUAGUCAUGAGCAACUAAGUCUAGUAACAUUCUCCUGAACAGCGUUUAUCUCUCCAGAGAGACCCUGAUGAUCAUCUCUAAUCUUAGUGACUGGAGUGAUGAUUUUGUUUGCACUGUGUUUCUUUAAUUGCACAAAGAAGAUAAUGAGUUCAGAAAUGCCUCUGAAGGGGGAAAAGAUUAAGGCAAGGUACUUGGAAAGGAACAGCUCUUGUUUGAAAAACUAAGGUUCUGACUCAUUGGAGGGUAUCUGCACUAUAUAUUUAGAAUCCCAAUUACCCUGAGAUACUUGGACUGAAAAGGCAGGGAAGAGGGGCUCACUAACAAUUCUGGGCAUCCUCCAUAAAGCUGAACACAACAUUCAUUUCUUUAGUUAAGUCACAAAACAGUUAAUAAAACUUAGAGUAGGUUUCCCUGGUGGGCCUCCGCUUGUUAGACUACAAUUCCCAUAAUCUUCAAUCAGCAUAUGCAUGCUGGCUGAGGAAGAUGGGAGUGAUGGCCCAGCGUAUAUAGAGGCAAUCAUGCAGGAAAGGCUGACUAGUUAGAAAUUAGAUGUUUUGGUAAGAACUGGAUAUAGUAAAGGCACAGAGGAGUUCAAAAUUCUCCUCUAUUCUCAUUUCUGUUUUGUUUUACCUUUUAGCAGGCUAGAAGAACACUUUGCUUUGAUCUUGAUUUAAAAACUGACUAAAAUAUGGUGCAUUUUUUGCUCCUCCCAAAAGAGAAUGCAAAAAGUAACUGCUGUGGCCCAACUGUGCUGUAAAGUGAAUUUUCCUGUAGCUUCCAAACAAAACAGGCAUUUGUGUUUCCAGAAAUAUGUAUAUGUAUAGCUAAGUCUGAACUACAAUAUGGAAUCUAAAAGGCCAGGGCAAUGAUGGCCAGAUGAAAAUCCUUUAAUAGGGAAAGGGAUGUUUGUGAAUAGUAGGCAUAGUAAGUUUUUAAAGAAGUGAGCAUCAAGUCCUUCCAAAAUACACUGAAUAUAGUUGCCUUUUAAAAAAAAUGUUGGGCUAUGACUUGAAACCCAAGAGAUGUUUACUUAACAUAGGAAGAUACACUUCCCUGAAUUUCCUGAUAUUCUCUACAUUCCCCAAAGGAUCUCUCUGUUGUUCAAGUGACCCUCCUGAGAGUUACUGGAAGGAAGGAAAGGGGAAAAAUCUCAUUCUGUGGCUUUCCUAAAGUUAACCUUUUUCAAGAAUCCAGUCCAUAUAUUUUGUCCAGAUGUCUAUGCUUUCUAUAUCUGGGUUGCAAAAAAACAGUAUAACUGCUAGAUGACAUCGGGAAUACAGGAAAACAAAUGUCUUUAUUGUUGUCUAAUGAUUUCUGGAUUUUCGUGGAAGACUAAAUCUGGUUCUGUUAUCAAAGUAGUGAAUCUUCGCCCUUGAGUAUUUUAAAAUACUGCCUUUUUGACCAAUAUGAACUUGACAAAAA